UGGGUGCCCUUGGAGGCUGUCGCUGGGGGGUCAUGGCCGCUCCCGUGCAGGGCGGUGGGGCUGGGGCCCUGGACCUGCUCCGGGCGCUGCCCCGUGUGAGCCUGGCCAACUUAAGGCCGAAUCCGGGCUCCAGGAAACCGGAAAGACGACCAAGGGGUCGGAGAAGAGGUAGAAAAUGUGGCAGAGGCCAUAAGGGAGAACGGCAGAGAGGAACUCGGCCCCGCCUGGGCUUUGAGGGAGGCCAGACUCCAUUUUACAUCCGAAUCCCAAAAUAUGGGUUUAAUGAAGGACAUAGCUUCAGGCGCCAGUAUCAGCCCUUGAGUCUCAAUAGACUGCAGUAUCUGAUUGAUUUGGGUCGAGUUGAUCCUAGUCAGCCUAUUGACUUAACUCAGCUGGUCAAUGGGAGAGGUGUGACCAUCCAGCCAUAUAAAAGGGAUUAUGGUGUCCAGCUGGUGGAGGAGGGUGCUGACACCUUUAAGGCAAAAGUUAAUAUUGAAGUACAGUUGGCUUCAGAACUAGCCAUCGCUGCGAUCGAAAAGAAUGGUGGUGUUGUUACUACAGCCUUCUAUGAUCCCAGAAGUCUGGAAAUUCUGUGCAAACCGGUUCCAUUCUUUCUGCGUGGACAACCCAUUCCAAAACGAAUGCUUCCACCUGAAGCACUGGUACCAUAUUAUACUGAUGCAAAGAAUCGUGGUUACCUGGCGGAUCCGGCCAAAUUUCCUGAAGCAAGACUUGAACUCGCCAGGAAGUAUGGUUAUAUUUUACCUGAUAUUACUAAAGAUGAACUCUUCAAAAUGCUUAGUACUCGAAAGGACCCAAGGCAGAUUUUCUUUGGUCUUGCUCCUGGAUGGGUGGUGAAUAUGGCAGAUAAGAAAGUCCUAAAACCUACAGAGGAGAAUCUGCUCAAGUAUUAUAGCUCAUGAAUUCCCUUCCAAGAAAGAGUUGUAAAAGAGGACUGGAAAAGGGGCGGAAACGUACGUAUUUCUCGUUGUGUUUUCUUAAUUUGUAAUUCUCCAGAUGUUGAUGUUAGUUUUUCAUGUAAUCAUAUCUCUUUUUCAUUUUUAUCUAAAAUUAAAAUAAAAAUGCAGUAAGCAAGGACUGCGUAGAGGAACUGAA